UUGGCCGACGCAACGCCUAGUGACACUCCCUUUAAAACGAGCACGGUGCCCUUUAAACAAACUAACAUUACGCCAGUAGAUAACUAAAGUGUACAGUUUGGAUUUAGGAACAAUAAAAACAGCGAGGAAACGCAAGAAGUAGCGUAACAGUGUCACAAACUGCAACAUUUAACCGACUGCCCAGGCUGGCUGCCGUGAGAAGGAAACAGUGGAGGACAAAAAGUCGCUCGGAGAUGCCCCAAGGGGGCCAUGACUCUGACCAGAGGAUCUUUCACCUAUGCUAGUGGGGAGGAGUACCACGGCGAGUGGAAAGAAGGUCAGAGGCACGGUGUUGGUCAGCUCAAAUUUCAGGAUGGAACCUGCUACACUGGCCAGUUUGAAAGUGGACUGUUCCACGGCUCUGGUGUACUGCUCUUUACAGACGGAUCCAGGUACGAAGGAGAAUUUGCACAUGGCAAGUUUCAAGGUACAGGAGUCUUUAGUCGAUACGAUGGCAUGAGGUUUGAAGGAGAAUUCAAAGAUGGACGUGUUGAGGGAUAUGGGCUACUGACUUUCCCAGAUGGAGCUCAUGGUGUCCCGCGAAACGAGGGCUUGUUUCAAAACCACAAGCUGCAGAGGAGAGAAAAGUGUCCAGGAGUGGUGCAGCGUGCACAGGCUUCAGCCUCCAACGCUCGCAGUCUGGCACUUUGACCGUCAUGGACCCUGAUGGAGACACUGUCAGGGUUCCAGCACCUUCCAGGAGGGCCUCAGGGAUGUGUACUUGUAUACUCCCCUCCAGCUCUUCUGUCUGUGUCUUUCUCUCUUUUUUCACCAUCACUUUCUUUUUUUCUGCAUCUUCCGUGCUGCGCCCUCACAGUAGCUUGGAAUGCACAUGCAAUUUAACCAAACAAUGGGUUUGUGUAUUACAGAUUUGAAAUGCACAGCACCAUGAAGCACACCUUUAACUUCACCAGUCAGGGAACAGCAAAUACUACUGUUUUUCAGUUGUUCUGAUUCUUGUACUCAUAAACAGUGUUGUAGUGUUUUACAACAGUUAGCGUUCACACAUUGAAUAUGGGAGGCCUCUUCUUACCAUAUUUUUUGCACAUUUGGUAAUUUAAAGAGGUUCUUUCUCCUGCACUAGGAGGAAGUGUAAAGUGAGUCUGUAUGUCGAAGACUUUAGCUACUAAUUAGAAAAGUACAUACACUUAAAAAAUGCUGCAAGCCAGUACAGCAGAGUACCCUGUGGAGUUUUUGACCACUUGUAGCUCUUUGGAGCACUGUUUUUACAAUUGCGUCCCCAUUUUGUUUUUAUAAUGUACGGGCAAGAGGAUGCAUGUGCGCAAGCAUAUGAGCAACAUGACACACAUAUUUGCCGAUGUUUUCAAGCUGUGCUGCUGAUGUACAGUUGGUGGCGAUAAUGAACAACGAAGCGUAGCAAUGGGUCCACAAAGCCAGUGAAGAAGAAAACUGCCAGCUAGCAAACAUGAAUCUAAACAAUGCAGUAUUUAAAAUAAUUGAAAAAAUUGGCUUUACAAAUGUUUAAAUAGUAAGGAAAUACAUUCAAGACAUUUGUCAAAGAUACACACAGUGUGUUUGGUGAAAAACAGUGAAUAUAAACAUAACUUUUGUUUGUUUACAAAUACACUCCACAGGGCACCUUUAAAAUUUAAUCCCAAUUAACAGUGCUGCUGCAAACUAUAUCAUUGAAGAAAUGCAUUUUGUCACUGGUGUUUCUCCUUUUAGAAGAUCAGUAUUCACAUUUGCCUUAAAAACAUUUUGGUAUAACAGUAUAGUUCAAGGGUCCAUCUGAAAAUCAAAUGACGCUCAGUGCCCUCUCCUUCCCUUCUCCUCUGCAUCAUUUGCCCCCUGGUGUCUGUCAGCCUAAUGAAUUUGAGGUCUGCUUGAAGAUUGCCUUCACUCUGAGAGAUAAAUUGCUAAGCUGGUACUGAGCUCCCAUCACUCACAAGUCCAGCAGCUCUCCUCUCUUCAAUAAACCUCCCACUCCCAGUGGAAAUCAUUGGAGAGGAGAUUUAACUUAGUUGGAUAAUUCUCGUAUGUUUUCCCCUUUCUAACCUGAAUACCUGGAUGACUGGACAUCCUCAAAGUUGUUAAAAAAUCAUAAUUAAAUUCAUUAAAUUAGGGACAUAUAUCUUAACUGAGGCAGCUGAAUGAAAGAGUUUAUGAAUCUGAUAUAUAUUUAGGAGUAUGUAAUUAUAAUAUAUGUGUUUUUCUGUCAAGUGUAUAGAUAAUCAUAAUCCUUGAUUGUGUAUGUUCCAACCUUUCAAAUGAAUUAUGAGAUAAUUCUUUAAUUGGUUGAGUAGAAAAUGGUGUCGCUUUGUUAUUUAAGACAGUGGGGUUGAGAAUUUUAGGUGUUAAGAAUUUAAUAACCAUUAUAGCCAAUCACAGGUAUUCUAUGAUUACAGAUUAAUUCAGUGUACUUGAACUGUUAAUAGGCCUUACAAAGCAUUUGUAGACGUGGCUUGUCUAGGGUUGCUUACAUAGCACUUCAACCAAAGACAAUCAAAUGAUAUAAUAGGUAAGGAAGCCCUGAACAUGUUAUUUCUUACAGCUAAACAAUAAAGACAAAUCCACCUGGGACUUGAGGGUGCAACAAAAUCAAAUGGACCGAAGAUUAAACGGAAUUGAUAUGAGAUUCUUCUGUAAAUAUUCCUGAAGUCUUUAGCCAGGAUUAUUUGCAGUUACUGAUUUUUAUUGUUGUUAUAUUCUAGGAUGAAAAAAAAAAAAAAUCAAUAAUCAAUAACAUCUGCCCAUACUGUUGCUUGCUUUGAAUGCCCCCUUUGGUACUGCAGGGUGCUACACAGCGCAAUCUGACGGAAUUCAGGUAACAGAAAAGCAGACCGGUGCAUGCAUCAGUAGCGCUAUCUACAAGCACACAGUGAUACUUUAAUGUUUGCUGUAUGUGCAAAGUGUGUAAUAAGCUGUAUUUCGAAUCAUGUAAUAGUAUUUUUCCUUUCCACAACGUUGGAGACAAUAACUGCUCAAGCCUUCUUUGCCUAGCCACUCCUGCCUGAGUGGAAUUGAAUACAAUGGAAUACAACGUCCAUUUCCUACUGGAAAAAAAUGGUGCUUGAAAAGCGUGCCUGUCCAGACUGUCACCUACCUGGAAAAUAUAAUUGCCAUGGUUACCUUUUUUCAGUAACAAUAUAAUGUUGCUUUGAGUGCUCUUAGAGAAAACUACUGCACAGUAUCCUCUCAUUCUCCUGGAAUAGGUCUCAGUAUGUAUCACUUAGGUGGUAAACGGUU